GCCCACAACAUUGGUGAUAAACAAACAGUAUGCGCAUGCGUACUUGGAGUUCCGAGGACUAGUCUUCCUGUGCGGAGGUGAAACGUUGCUUUAUAGCUAAAUUGAAUACUGAAAGAAAAAUACGUAUUCUGUCAGCACAAAUCCAACAGGCUUCUGCCACUAUGGCAUCGGACUCAGGGUCUCAGAAUCCUGGCUCUGGACUUAUGACUUUCUACCCCUCAAAGGAGGAGUUCAAGAAUUUUAGCAGAUACAUUGCCUAUAUGGAGUCCCAAGGAGCUCACAAAACUGGGAUGGCAAAGGUUGUGCCUCCUAAGGACUGGAAGCCGAGGCGCACCUACGAUGACAUCGAUGAGCUGGAGAUCCCGGCCCCCAUCCAGCAGGUGGUCACGGGCCAGUCGGGCCUCUUCACCCAGUACAACAUCCAGAAGAAGCCCAUGACCGUGCGCGAGUUUCGCAAGAUCGCCAACACCGACAAAUUCUGCCAUCCCCGAUAUGUGGACUUUGAGGAGCUGGAGAGAAAGUACUGGAAGAACCUCACUUUCAAUCCACCACUGUAUGGGGCUGAUGUGAAUGGGACUCUCUACGAUUCUGAUGUGACCGAGUGGAACAUCGGACGCCUGAACACCAUCCUGGACACGGUGGAGAGGGAGAGCGGGAUCAAGAUCAAAGGGGUGAACACGCCCUACCUCUACUUCGGAAUGUGGAAGACCACCUUCGCCUGGCACACCGAGGACAUGGACCUCUACAGCAUCAACUACCUUCACUUCGGGGAGCCCAAGUCCUGGUAUUGUGUUCCUCCAGAACAUGGGAAACGCUUGGAACGCCUGGCCAAAGGGUUUUUCCCUGGAAGUGCCCAGAGCUGUGAAGCCUUCCUCAGACACAAGAUGACUUUAAUCUCCCCGUCCAUCCUGAAGAAGUACGGCAUUCCGUUUGAAAAGAUCACUCAGGAAGCUGGCCAGUUCAUCGUGACAUUCCCGUACGCCUACCACGCUGGCUUCAACCACGGCUUCAACUGCGCGGAGUCCACCAACUUCGCCACCCAGCGCUGGAUCGAGUACGGGAAGCAAGCCACCCUGUGCACCUGCAGGAAGGACAUGGUGAAGAUCUCCAUGGACGUGUUCGUGCGCAAGUUCCAGCCCGACCGCUACAAGCAGUGGAAGGCGGGGAAGGACAACGCGCCCAUCGACCACUCCAAGCCCACGCCCGAGGCGGCCGAGUUCCUGAAGGAGGAGGAGGAGGAGGGGCAGCCGGGCUCCGAGGGGGAGCCCAACGGGAAGGAGGGAGGCGCGCUCAGCCCCGCCGCUGAGGGAGAGAACAGCCCUUCCAAACAGAGGAUUGGAGCAAAGAGGCCCCGGGCUUGUCUGGAUGCUCCAGAGGAGGUGGCCCCCAAGAAGGAGGAGGAGAGCAAAGAGGAGGAGGAGGAGGAGGAUGAGGUGGAGGAGAAGAAGGCCAGGCUGACCCAACCAGAGCAGGGCAGUGGGGGACCGGGCCCGGCGGACGCAGAUGCCUCCCAGGCACCGGAGGCAAAGCAGGAGAACGCGGGGGAGGGGCAGGCUCACCUGGAUGAGGACGACGACGGCCCCGCGGGCCGAGGCGACGGCGACGGCAAGGGAGAGGGAGAGGGACACGCCCGGCCCCCCGGGUCCGGCGAGCCCCCUCCCCCUCCCCCUCGGCCGGCCCCCAGCCCCAGCCCCAGCCCCGCCCACGUGCUGUUCCAGAGAACGCUGAGCCCCGCCGAGGCCUUGCACGUCCACAGCUACGCCAAGGGGGACUACUGCGAGGCCGAGGCCCCGCCCAAGGAGGAGGGCGGGGCCGAAGCCCAGGCGGCGCCGCGGAACAACGGCAAGCAGGGGGCAGGAGACGACAGUAAAAGUGGGAACCUGAAGGGUGAGCUCGCCAAGCUGCCUCGGCAUCACCCCUUGAUAAAGGACUGCUUCAGUGACGAGGAGCUCCCGGAGCAGGCGGCCGCAGAGGAGGAGGGGCUGGAGGGAGAGGCCUGGGUGAAGCCCCUCACCCACCUCUGGCAGAACAGACCUCACGACCUGGAGAAAGAGAAGGAGUACAACCGCAGGAUGGGUCUGCAGGCGCCCUACUGCGCCGUCUGCGUGCUGUUCCAGACCUACCAGCGGUCCGAGUGCACUGACAGUGCCCAGAGUCCUGUAGACCCCACUGGAGGUCAGCUGAGGACCAAGCCUCUGAUCCCGGAGAUGUGCUUCACCGCCACAGAGGACAACUCCGAGGUGCACUUCUCUGCCCCCUACCUGGAAGAUGACGGAACCAGCCUGCUGAUCAGCUGUUCACAGUGCAGUGUGCGGGUGCAUACCAGCUGUUACGGUGUGGCCCCAGAGAGGGUGUCCGAGGACUGGAUGUGCGCUCGCUGCAAGGCCAACGCCGUGACUGAGAACUGCUGUUUGUGUACUCUGAGGGGAGGGGCCCUGCACCGAGCCAACAAUGACAAGUGGGUCCACGUCCUGUGCGCCGUGGCGGUGCUGGAAGCGCGCUUCGUGAACAUCGCGGAGCGCAGUCCGGUGGACCUCAGCGGGAUCCCCUUACAGAGGUUUAAACUGAAAUGCUACUACUGUAAGAAGCGGACGAAGAAGACGUCCGGCUGCUGCGUGCAGUGCUCCCACGGCCGCUGCCCGACGGCGUACCACCCCACCUGCGCCCAGGCCGCCGGCGUCCUCAUGCACCCCGACGACUGGCCCUUCGUCGUCUACGUGACCUGCUGCCGGCACAAGGGCCCUAUCCACACUGAGCGCAACAAGGCCGCCAUGCGGGAGCUGGCCGUGGGCCAGAGGGUGAUCUGCAAGCACAAGAAUGGCCGCUAUUAUCAGUGCGAGGUGGUGCAGCUGACCAAAGAGACCUUCUACGAGGUCAACUUUGACGACGGCUCGUUCAGCGACAACCUCUUCCCUGAGGACAUCGUGAAUCGGGACUGUGCACAGUUGGGGCCCCCUCCACACGGUGAGGUUGUGCAAGUCCGCUGGACAGAUGGCCUGGUCUAUGGAGCCAAGUUUGUGGCAGCUCACAUCAUCCAGAUGUAUCAGGUCGAGUUUGAAGAUGGGUCACAGCUAACGGCCAAGAGGGAUGACGUCUACACUCUGGAGGAGGAGCUGCCAAAGAGAGUGAAGACACGGCUGUCUGCAGCUUCAGACAUGCGCUUUGACGGGAUCUUCACCGAGAAGGAAGUCAUUCAGGAGUCCAAGAGGCAGCGGGUGAUAAACUCGCGGUACAGGGGGGAUUACAUCGAGCCUGUGAUCUACAGAGCCAUCAUGGAGUAAUCAACCAAAAAAAAAAAAAAUCACCCAACCCUCCAGAGACCCACCAGCACUGACGUUCAGGAAACGUACCCCUAAAACCUUAAUUUAUUCGAGUGCAGCUUUUUCUGGGCUGAUCCUGUCUCCAGAAGUCUUUCAGUCCAGCGUAUUUUUUUCAAUUGUUCAACAGCAUAUUUGGUACACAAUUGAGUAGCAGUACAGUGGCUGGCUACGGCUCGAGCUGAAAAUGGGAGGUCGGCCAUUGAAUCCUAGUUUUUAUAGUUUUGUGGGGAAUUUUGCCAUACGCAACAGGUUUUUCUGUUAAGGGAUCAGAGCUACGAGAAUAUUUCAGAUCCCAGUUUCGGAAAAUGUCACCUGUUGGGUUUAUUUAUUUAUUUUCCACAGCAUUGGGGUGCUUCUUUUGCCAGCAUUUGGCAAAAAGGAUAUGCCAUUUUAUUUUAAUAACUUUUAAGCUUUUAACUCUUCAGAGCUAUUGCCAGUUGGCUCCAUUUUUAAAGAUAGUAUACGUGUAGGAUGUACAUAUUACAUAGCAUUACAUUUCUAAGGUUUAAUUCCUUAUGUAUUAUAAGGUGCUUUGAAAGAAAUAACCUUGCAAUACAUUCGUUCAUCAAUAUCUUUGAACACAACUUCUAAAAGUGUAGCUCAUUUGUUAACACAGGUAGCAAGUGCUUCAGAACUGAUAAUGCACAAAAAUGUCUGUUUUUAAUUCUGAUGAUCAGUUGAUGAAAGCCUAGCCUUAAAUUCCAAGGGCUUCUCAUCCCGCCACUGGGUUCAGUGUUCCAUUUGAUCUGUAUUUAAGUCCAAGAAUUUGGGGGUUUUAAAGUUGCUCAUGGUAGUUAAAAUCUUGUUCAAGAAAGAACCUGUAUAUACAUAUAUUUAUAUAUUUGUUAUCUGAAUAAGUUUUAUGUUUUGAAAUGCAUUAAUUUUGAAUUCGGAAGCUCUCCUCAUCUGAACUGUGUGUUGGUGUGCCCCGUGCCCCAUGCUCAUCUUUUUAAAAAUGCACUUCCAGAGAAACAGAUUGAUGUCUGGCAGUCUUACUGAAUUAUCUGUAAAAGGCCUAGUAAUGCAUAUGAAAUUAAACUUGGCUGAAGCCCAUCUCUGCAUACGUAGAUUUAAAACGGAGGACAUAUUUAAAGUUGAGAAGGAACAUGGGGCGAAACAUAAGUGUAAUGUAUUUUUUGUUGGUUUUGUUUUUGCAAAAAAAAAAUUUUUUGUUUAUUCUAUACUGUGUGUUAAAUUGUAUUUUAAUAGAAUAUAUGUAGUUUAUUUAAAGAUGUAAACUGUGUACCUAUAUGACUACAUGUUGUGUCCUGUGUCCUUGACCAUUUCCACCAAAAAUGGUUGCCUGCCAUUUUGAAAGCCUUCUGCUGUUUUCUUUCUGCAGUGCUCGACACCACUUAGCCAAGCAUAUCAGUUCAUUUUAUAAGCUCCAUUUAUUUGUUACUUGCGUCAGUAAAGGAUUCAGGAAGGCGCGUUCUA